UCUUUUUGUUCUUUUCGUUCCCGUAUCUCUCUAUCGCUCCCUCUCUUCCACCUCAGUGACUUCACAAGUAGCAGAGAACCAGCAAACUUGAGCAAAGCUAGAAAGACUGAAGCUUCAUUCUCAUUGCAGGUUAGGUCAGGAACAAGGAAUUUUGUGCAGGAUAUGUUUGGUGGUGAUCCAUUUGCGGAAGCAGUGAGGAAAGAACACUCGUCAAAUUGAAGUUCAUGGCCUGUCAACUGGAGUUCAGGAUGCUGAGGUCUGGUUUGUUAGCAAUGGAGACUGAAGUCUCCAAAAGAUCAUGUAUAAAUCAUGCAACUUGUGCUAUGCAGAACUGGAGCGUUGCGCCUAAUUUUAGUGGACAGACAUCAAAGAUUGGCGUAAAUUUUCCCCCUUUCCUCAAACAGAGGUUUCAGUUGAGAAGAUGUGAUUGGAGAAUACCCUUUGCCUUAGACACUGGGGGGAUAGCUGGAAAUGGUGGACCGGAGAAUCUUGAUGGUGACAGUUCUGGUCUUGGUGGCACCCGAUUGGGAAGAAUAGUAAGUGCAGGCAGCAGACAGCUACUCCAGAAGCUGAAUUCAGCAAGAAAGAACUUCCCCAUGAAGAUAUUUCUCCUCCUGUUGGGUUUCUACACAGCAAAUGCACUGGCUACAAUUCUUGGACAGACAGGUGACUGGGAUGUAUUGGUUGCAGGUGUUGUGGUUGCUGCCAUUGAGGGGAUCGGUAUGCUUAUGUACAAAAAGCCAACUUCUUUAUCUACUGGUAGACUGCAGUCUUUUGUGGUGAUGGUGAACUAUUGGAAAGCAGGUGUGUGCUUAGGUCUCUUUGUUGAUGCAUUUAAAUUAGGUAGCUGAGUUCCACUUCGUCAUUAGCUCCUGCAUCUUCCCUUUCGAGGCUUUCUUUUCUGGAUAAUCCAACUGGUCCCGCUGAUAGGUUAUCGACAAUCAUGCUUUAAAUGUAAUUCUGAUGUUAUUUUCACAUUCUGCUGAGAACCUCCAUCGCUGUUGUUUUCACUGAACAAGGUAUGUUCACAAACAGAUUCAAUUGAUGCAGUUGGUUGGAGUCGACUAGAUUCAAUAGCACCGUCAUAAGAUGUUCUAUCAUCUUUAACAUAUAACUAAUGUUAAUAGAGAAAUGGAAUGCCGUUGCUUCUUUAUCCGGACAAGAUGGUAUCAGUUAAAGAAUUUGUACUAAAUUUAAUAAAUGCAUAGAUAUUGUAUUUCGGUAUGGCCUCUGACAAUGAUUAGCUUACAUUUGGAAAA